AGUUUGUGAGGAGCGUUCGGCGGAUACACAUCGCACCCAUCGCUCUUGGCCAGCUCGUCCCAACGGGCCUAAACGGUUCCGACAAGCGCACUAACCAAGGCAUUUAACGGAAAAGCACUCAUCGUAUUUCUACAUUUCAUUCAAAUCCAGUUGAGCGUGCGCGUUUGUUUUCGUGAAUAUCCAAACAGAUAAAUAUUUGCCUUCCUCUGAAAAUCGGGCUGCAAAAGCAUUUUCAUUUUUUAUUGGCCGCGUGUGCGUUUCUGUGACAGAGCCGUUGAACUUUGAAAUAUAGAAAAUAUUUGGAAAGACAUCAACAAUAACAUACCGACAUUGUAUAUCCCUGCACUAAUUGCUCUCGGGAAAUUUUGUUUGCGGUGCGUCGCAGAAAACAUCUUGUUUCUACGCUGCAGAAAUUGCUCAAUUUAUUCUUUGUUUCGCCUUAUCUGUUUUGUUGACUUGUUCGUAAACAAAAUUGUGGCCAGAGUUUUCACUUUCCACAUAUAUAAAAGCAAAAGACCAAAACCAAAGGAACAAUUUUGACAACUAACAAUAAAUUGUGAUACAUCACAUGUGAACUCCGCUGGCAAUUGGGCUCGCCUCCUUUCCCAAACAAAUCAGCGUUCAUAGAACCAAGGCUCAACCAUCUAUAGUACAAACACAAUACCCACACUGAACCCAACUUACUAGGCUCCAAUCACACUCAUACAACAUGGACUUCGAUCAGAUUCUGGCCAAAUGUGGCGACUUCAAUCGCUACCAGUUCAUGAUACUCGCCCUCUUCGGGUUCAUCAAUAUCAUCGUAUCGAUGCAUUACUUUACGCAGACUGUCAUUAGUUUUGUGCCAGAUCAUUGGUGCUAUCAUGACAAACUUGUGAAUAUGACAUAUAAGGAGAUCGGGGAGAUCUAUGCCCAGUUCGAGAAUCCCUCGUGCACCCGAUUGGAGGACAUCAAUGGCCGCAAUGCCACCGUUAGCAGCAAGCCCUGCGAGAAGUGGAUCUACAACUAUGACUUCGGCUACAGAAGCAUGAACACAGAGCUGAACUGGGUCUGCGACUCGGCGUACAAGGCACGUAUUGGCCAGUCGCUGUUCUUUAUUGGCUCCGUGGUGGGCACACUUUUCUACGGCCUGCUCUCCGAUAAGAUUGGCCGCGUUCCCGCCCUAAUCUUGUCCAACUUCUGCGGCUUUGCCGGGGACUUCUCCACCAUUUUCACGAAGAGCGUGGCCACAUUCACGCUCUGUCGUUUUAUUUCUGGCCUGGCAGCCGACACUAACUUCUACCUGAUGUACAUUAUAGUGCUCGAAUAUAUCCGACCCAGCAUGAGAACCCUGGGUCUCAACAUGGCCGUGGGUCUGUUCUAUUGCCUGGGCCUGGUUUUCACUCCAUGGCUGGCAGUUUUGGUGGGUCACUGGCAGAUCUACCUGGCCUGCACCUCGCUGCCCAUUCUGCUGGUGGUGCUCUACUACUUUGUGGUGCAGGAGAGUGCCCAGUGGUUGGUCACCAGGAACGACAUCGACGGGGCCAUCGUGAGGCUGAAGCGGGUGGCCAAGUUCAAUGGAUGCCGGGUGAGCCAGGCGGACUUCGACGAGUUCCGGCGCCACUGCCAAAUGACCCACGAAAUGCUGGGUGGCGAUGACAAGAAGCAGGCCACUCUGCUGGACAUGUUUAGAACGCCACGCAUGCGCAAGAACACACUCAUCCUGUUCUUCAAGAGCAUGGUGAUCACCCUGUGCUACGAUGCCGUCUCCCGAAACGUGGAGGGCAUGGGCAUAUCCCCCUUCAUCAUGUUCUCGCUGAGUGCCUUGGCAGUGCUGCCCUCGAGUAUCCUGCUGGUCCUGCUGCAGGAUCGCAUUGGUCGCAAAGGCAUGGCCUCGGGAUCCUUGCUGGUGGGCGGACUCUUCACCGCCGCCGCCGGCAUCGCGAUCGCGUACCAGCAGCACAACCACAAUGCCAUUCUGCUGGCCUGUCUGACCAUCGCCGCCCGUUUCGGAGUGGCCAUCUCCUACGAGAGCGGAUCUCAGUACGCCACCGAGCUGAUCCCCACCUGCGUGCGGGGUCAGGGCGUGGCCGCAGUUCACGUGGCCGGAUUCGCGGCCUCCUUCCUGGCGCCCUACAUCCUCUGGCUGGGCACCUUCUUCAAGGCGGCGCCCUCGAUCAUCCUGGGUGUCCUGUUCUUCGCAGGCUCCUUUGUUUGCCUGCUGCUGCCGGAGACGCUAAACAGGAGCCUGCCCACAACCAUCGAAGAGGGUGAGGUGUUCGGAAAGGGCGAGCGCAUGUUUGACUUCCCGUGCCUGCACAACAAGCACGAUGACGAGGAGUCCGAUUCCGAGCUGGAGAAGUACAAGCGGAAGCACUCCCUGAUCGACGCCAAGCAGAUGCAGAUGGAGUCCUGCUCGAACGGGAAGCGCAAGCAGUCCUUGAUCGACGCCGAUCACGAGGAGCAGGCCCUGAAGGACGCCAAGCACUGAGGGGCGCCACCCCGUCCUCAGUAGUUCGUAGUUUAGCUAACCAAUUUCGCCUAGAUCCUAAGACCCCAGGCCGUAGGGAUCCUGGCUGCGAUCCAGACUAACUCGAUUCGAUGGCCGGUUGGGUGCCUGCAACAUUUGUGCUCAGUAUGCAGAAGCCUUUUCUUAUAUAGAGUGUACCCUUAUAAUUUUAUAUAUACGUAUAUAUCUACUUUAGCUGGUAGUCACCUUAGGGCUUAGUUGUACAUUUUACUCUGUCGAAAAUUGCUGUUUUUCCAAAAUGCUGAUUGUGUAUAAAAAUGGAAUCGUAUAGUUAACACUUAAGCGGCACAAAAUCACUUAACUUAAACCAAUUGAAUACUUAUCGUAAGAGUUUUUCAUACCUACAUGUACAUAAGUGCGAUACUACUUAGGCCAGUAACUGAAUGUUCUAUUUUGGAUUUUGAUCUUUAAGCAAAUGAGAGCCAUCAAGCAAACUGAUAAUAAUUAUUUAAAGUUAGACAACCACUUAUAAAAUAUACAAAUGAAAAUCAA